GAACCCGUGCCAAUGUCCUUCCUCGUUCAUGCAUCCCUCACGUAAUAUGCAGCCGCGAUGCCAUAUAGGCCAAUCCAGAUUGCCCCCAUUUAAUGCGAUUUCCGCAUGAUAAUUGAGAAAGAGAGGGGGAUCAGCUCACCCGUUGCCUUACGUAGCAGCAGGGAGUCACGCCUCCAAGACCUUUCUCUACUCUUUUUCACGCUCUCUUCCCUUUUGCUCUCAUAAAUACCCCUCCAUCGCCUCCCUUCGUUCCCCGCACCUCCACCUUCCCUCAUUCUCUCCUCACUCCUCGACGGCCUCUCCCUCUCUCUCCCUCUCUCUCCCUAUCUCUAGAUCACCAUCAAUGGCUCACAAGAAAUCCCACAAGCUGCCUCAGCCCGCGGUCCUCAGGCAGAUCCUCCGGCGCUGCUCGAGCCUCGGCAGGAGGACGAACGGCGGCUUCGACGAGGAGGACGGCCUCCCGCUCGACGUGCCCAAGGGGCACUUCGCGGUCUACGUCGGCGAGAACCGGGCCCGGUACAUCGUGCCCAUCUCCCUCCUGACGCGGCCCGAGUUCCAGUGCCUACUCCGGCGGGCCGAGGAGGAGUUCGGGUUCGACCACGACAUGGGCCUCACCAUCCCCUGCGAAGAGGUCGUCUUCCGAUCUCUCACGUCCAUGAUCAGAUGACUGAAAAGGAGGGGGCGAGAGAGCUUCGGGAGUAAGGAAGGUGUCGAGCAUUGGUUGUUUCGGUGGUGGGACGGUGAGAGAGAGACGGACCAAGAAGAAGCAGUAGCGCGUCCAUGGAUUCGUUAUCUGCCAUCUUCUUUUUCUACGUUUCUCUCUCUCCCCUCCCCCCUUUGGUCUCCUUUCUGAAUCUUGAUCUCUUUUUUUCUUCUUCUGCUUCUUUUUUUUUUCUUUUUGGGCUAUAAUUGAGCCUUAAGGGUUCUUAAUUCUGACGAUCGGAGGACUCUAACCCGAAUCUUAUGUCCCCGGAGGAAUUUCUUGGGUUAAUCAUGUAAAAAGGAAGCUCGUGGUUUUCCUUAUGAAGGUGGAUUCGGUAGCACCUCAUGAGAGAAGUUGACGUUAAGGAAUGUAAUGUAAUUUGCCAUCUGCCGUUGAUGAUUUUUCAAUGAAAAGUUAAUUUUUCGAGA